UAUUGAGUGUAAAUCAAUAUCCAAAUUAACCUUUGCUUUAACUUGUUUACAGAUCGGUAUUGUGUUUGCGCAUGCUCGAACAAUGACGACGUGAAUCAAAAGUAUUUGAAAAACAUUACCACGUGAAUUGUUUAUAAAAAUCAUCAAUAAGUCUAGAUAAUACAGAUAAUAUAGAAAUGUAAAAAAAAAAAUUCUUCGAAAAAAGGAAUAUUGAUAAAUCAUGGGAUGUUUUGAAUCCAAAGGACACAAAAUUUUUGACUUUAAGAAAAAGUCUUUCAAAAAUGGAAAUAAUGGAAAUUUACCACCUAGUUUAACAGAAAAAGAUAGAGUUAUUUUAGCGACAUCGUGGCAACGAUUAAAAACGGAUGUGGAGAAAGUGGGAGUAGUUACAUUCAUGAAAUUAUUUGAUAGCCACCCAGAAGUACAAGAUGCAUUCCUUCCUUUUCAACAGCUCAGCAAGAAAGAUAUGGAACAAAGUGCAAUAUUACGAUCACAUGCUUUACGUGUGAUGGGAACUGUCGAUAAAUGCAUAUCACGUUUAGACAAACCUGAUAAAUUUAAAGAAUUAAUGACCAAUCUAGGCCAACGACACCUUAAUUACAAUGUAAACGAAGAAUUUAUAGAGAUGGUAGGACAACAAUUUGUGUACGCUAUACAGCCGCAUUUAGAGGACAUAUGGUCAGAAGAGGUACAAGUUGCCUGGUCACAGCUUUUUAAGUAUAUGACAUAUUAUAUGAGACAAGGUCUACGAGGUUCAACGACGAUUCAGUAUUAAGAAAGCAUUGCUUGAAAGGUUUAUUCAUAUAUAUGCAUGAAUAACAAUUCCAGUAUAUGAAGAAUUAGAAUGAAUUCGAAAAAUAAUAGAAAAAGCACAAUUCACCGUUUCAGAAUAUAAUGCAUUCUGGGUAAUAUUUUCAAAAUCGUACAACAAAACGCUAUGAUUAGCUAAAAACGUCCCAAAUAAUUAAACUUCAACCAAUGACGUGACGUCGUUUUCAUUUUUGGGUACGAACAAUUAAAUUACCCAGAAUGCAUUAGAUUCUGAAACGGCGAAUUGACACUAAUGCUUGUUUUGAAAUAUAACAUCUACUGAUAAAAAAAAAAUGGUUUCCCUGAAUCAAAAGGUGGCGACCGUUAUAAUGUCUUAUGAAAAAGUACAUGUAUAUACUAUUGACAUUAAAGGGAUGUCAGGGAUGGUUGCUUAUAAUAGUAAACGCAUUUGACAAAAUGUGCAUUUCAUGAGACAUCAUAUAAAGUCAAAUGAUCAAGAACCAAUUCAAUUAAGCAUAUACAGUGAUACCUCAUUAAAUUUUCAUGACGAUAUCAGUUUAAACAUAUAUUGUAUAUUAUUGAAAUAUGAGUUUCAUGUCAUUGCUGUAAAAAUCAUUUCACCAUCAUCAAGCAACGAAAGCGCAAGUGUCCUUAUUUGUUAAACAUCAAGUGAAACAAGAUAUGCACUGUAUUAGUAGUGUUUUGCUCCUUUCCUUAUUUUUAGUGUUGUUUAUGUUACAAUUCUAUUAGUUUUUUUUUUUUAAAUUGAACGGAUUAUAUACAUUUUCAUUUUUAUUUCUUGAUAUUUUUUUCCAUAGUCAAUUGGACUUAAAAAAAAACUUUUUUUAAUCUAAAAUUGUAACUGGUAGUAUUUCAAAAUAAUAAUAAUAAUAAUAUUCAUAUAAAAAUAAUGAUAAAUGUAAUGAUAAGAAUCCAAAUAGAAAGAAGAGUUAGAAGAAAAGAAGAUAAAGAGAAUAGGGUGAUACCUCUUGGACUGUUGUUUCAUGUAGACCUGAUGACCAUAAGCAAGGUAACUCGGUUCUGUCCUGAAAAUAUAAUUAUUCAUUUGAUGAAAUUGGCAGUGAUAAAACUGAUAAAGAUCAUUGGAAAUUAAGGAAUCUUUAUGCAAAGCCAUGAAUUGCUAAGUUUGGCUAUACCUUUGUUCCUUUAUAUCAGAAUAUUAGGUUUAUGGUUUGGCAUACAUCAUUGCUGAAGAGACACUAAUUUUCAAAAUGCAUAUCUGCAGCAGUUACAUGAGAUCUUUGAAAAAAAAAGCGGAAGACAAUCAAAAUGCAAAAGUAGAGAAAGAACAGAUAAAACCAUCGCAAAAAAUGAAAAACGACAAAAAGACAAACAACAGUAUAUAAAAACCUACAAAGAACGUUAAAUAAUUUCAUACUAAUCAUCUAAAAUAUAUGACUAAUGUUCUUUUCAACCAUUGAUGGAGAAAAAACACGUAAUUUUUUUCUGUUUUAAUCAAACCAUUUCUUCAUUUCAAAUCGUUUAAACAUUUAUCACAUGUCUUACUCAUUCUUAACAUUACCAUUAACUGUAACCAAUUUUCAGUCUUCUGAAUAACAAUUGUUUCCAGAAAAAUUACCCACGUCUAAUACAUUAUCAAGAUUAAGAUAGGCAUUUUUGUUUCAAAUUCAUAAACUUUUAUUCAUGCAUUACUUUUUCUCCAGUUAUUUGUGUUAAAUGCAAAACAAAAAAUGAUUGCUCUCAUUUGUAACAAAGGACAUGGUAUUUAAUUUAAAAUAAACAGUUUGAUUAAUAGGACAGUCAGAUCUAGUGCAUUUAUAAUGUACAUGAGAGAAAACCUCCAGUGUUGUAUGUUGAUAAUUGUUUAUUGUUGAUCGUCAUAACAAUCAAGUUAUUAUAUGUGUAUAUUCGUUUUAUGAUGGUCCUAAAGAGGUGAAAAAUAGUUUGAUAUACUUUUAAAAUGAAAAUAAUGUAAUUAAGAUUAUUUCUAGAAUUUUAGUAAUGUCUGAACAUGGCCGUUUACUCAUACACUGAAAAACAUCUAAGAGUCGGCUAAGUUGAAAAUUCUUUAACAAUAACAACUAUUGAUUACACAAUGACAGACAAUUAGGACAUCAAGCUUGCAUAAAUGUAACUUUUAUACUCAUUUAUAUUCAUACAUUCAUGACAUUAUUUAACAAAACAAUAAAAACAAAAAAUAAACAAAAACAAAAACAACUGACAUCUUUUUUCUGCCAAUUUAUUUGGCUUCAACAGCUAGAAUGCUCUAACAAUUUUCAUUCUUGAUUUUUCAUAAUUCCGAUGUAUAAAGCAAAUUUAUUUUGAGAACAAUCAUAUUGUAAAACGGUAAAACUGUAAGCAAAAUAAAAUGAUGUUAAACGCAAUUUUUGUCGAAAAGACGACAUUAAGAAACAAAAUAUGUAUGUAAGAAAGUUUAUGAUUAAUUGUGUAUGUGGAAUAGUGGUGGAAUGAAAGAUUUAUAGAAUAACUAAUCGAAGAAUUCAAAUAGAGAAAAAUAUUCAACGAGUGACCGAACAACACAUUAAUUCACGAAUGCGCGUAGCGCAUGAGUUAAUUAUCAGUGUUGUUCGGUCACGAGUUGAAUAUUUUUCGAUAUUUGAAUUCUUUGAUUAGUUAUUCUUUUUAUUACAUUGGCAAAUGGCUUUUUUUAAUGAAAUUAAUGUAGAAAAUGUAAGGAACUAUAUCUUUUUUCUACGCAUUCACAAUUUGUUUUGAUCCGACGUUAUCGACGUCUUGACAACGCCUAUUGUUGUAUGACGUCAGAGAGUGAAAUAACCACGUUUAUUUCACAUGUGAAAUUAUCGGUUUUUAUUUGACUGGGAAAUCAAUGUAAUUCAAUGCUACCAAUGUAAUAAUUGUAUAUAAUAUAUGAUCGAAUUAUUUGGGUUUUGUUUGUAUUAUGUUCUUUCUUCACAAACUGAUAUAUAAAUGUACUGCGGAAAUAUGGACAUUGUAUUGUAUUUGUUAACGGAUACUGAAUAACCACUUGUUAGAAUGCAACACUCUUCAAAAUGUGUUAAAUAUAAAACAUAGAGUGCAACUUUGCAAAUAUUGCGGCAAACGGUAGAUUUUAUGACAGUAGUGCGCAAUCUCUUGGUUGUAUCCUUUUACAAUAUUUUGUAUAUAUAAUUCAUUUUUAUAAACCGACAUUCGAAUUUGUAUUUCAUGUUAUUAUCUAUUGUACGAUUAAUAUUUGUAAAAAAAAAUAAAUAUCUUUAAUAACG